AUGACAUCGGAAAAUACAUCUAUAUCAAGUGUUUUUACCAAACCAUCUCAAUCGUCACGGCAUAGUCGAUCUACUAAACCAAUAUCGAAUAAUUCAUCGUUACCAGAUCAACUGAUAGAACAAUUGUUAAAAUUUCGCAUUGAUGGCCGAACAAUUAAUGCGAAAAAUGUCGAUGAACUUUAUCCAGGUUUAGAUCGACUAUUGUUACGAAGUUUACAAUCAGGUGACUGUCGACAGUUAUUCAAUCGCUUAAAACGUAAUUUAAAACCACAGUAUUUAUUAAUUACUGGCAAACAUAUACAUAUUAGUGUAUGUGCACAAACACAAACUAUACUUGAGAAACUUGUUGAAAUGGGAGCUACGCUCAAUCUUCAUUUCUAUGAACCAAUUCAUAUGAAAGAACUUGAAUUAAUGUGUCAAUAUGGUUUUGAUAUCAAUGAACGUUUAACGAAAUAUAAUAAUCAAUCUGCGCUUUCAAUCUUAAUCAAUAAACAUUAUUCAAUAUCAAUGCUCGAUGUACUUAUAAAAAAUGGUGCACGUUUUGAUCUAAAAGACAAUCAAGGUCAAACAUGUUUGCAUUAUACAUGUCAAGCAUCAGUAAGUGACUCUGUUUUUGAUUUCAUUGUUGAACAUACACCAGAUUCGUGUUUAAACAUUCCGAAUCAAGCCGGUGGUACACCACUUGAUCUAAUUUAUUUAGCAGCCUAUGAACAAGCAAAUACUGCGCAUAUGCGUCGUUUACAUGUAUUAUUAUCUCGUAAAGAAAGUAAGUUAACACGAUAUGGUAUGCGUGAACCGAAUUUAGUGGGAAGAAAACAAUAUAAAUUAGCUAACAUAUUAUCGUGUAAAGAAUUUCUAUUUAAAUAUCGUCUAAGAGAUCUAUUUGAUUCAUCGAUAAGUCCAUUAGCAUGGUGUAUAUUUCUUUUCUAUGAUGUUUUACGGGAAUGUGAAAAACCUAAUCCAAGUCUGAUAGGAAAACUAGCAACUAAACAACGUCUUGAACGUUAUUUAAUAUCGAUGAUUGAAAAUGGUGAAAUUCCAUUAGGUAAAUUAAUAUUUCGAUCGGAUAAACUAAAUUUCUUAUCAUCAUUGGCAAAUGAAUAUGAUCAACAAAUGCUGGUCGAUACAGAACAUUCACUUGUCCAUAUGGUACGAAUAAAAACAAGAUUAAUUGAAUUAAGAAUGCAAACAUUAACAUUAAAAACGCUCUGUCGAAUUAAAAUUAAAAACUAUAUUCGAACAUUUCCUAAUGAUAUUUUACAAUUGAAUACAGUAUCAAAAUUUCUUCAAGGCUAUUUAACGUAUUAUAAUCCAUUUAUUAAAGCUAAUGCUACAGAUACAAUAUGA